CUAGACUUUUUCUCUCCUCUCUCACUUUUCAUUACAUCAAUUUAUUUUCUUUUAUCAUGGUUUUCUACUUCAAGUUGAAAAUUCUUGGAAAAUCCAAAAGCAACCCACAAAAAAAUGUAAAGGAAGAGGCAUUUUCGUAGUAUGUCCUUUGCUCCAUUCCUAGUUUGUUGGUUUCUUUAGAUUUAUUACUUCUAUUUCUCCCUCUCUACUUUCUCUCUCCUCUUCUAUCUCUGUGGAAGUAGGUGGCCCAGCAGAUCCAAUGCUACAAGUUUUCUCCUUUUUCACCCUCUCAAUCCAAUGAAAUCUUCCAUUUUCUUCUGUUUUAAGAAUUACCCACUUCAAAUUUUGACUCUUUUUUCAAGUUUUCAUUGAAGAACAAGAAGAUUGUUCAACUAGUUUAAGUUGAACCUGAUCUUCUGGGGUUAAGGCUUUGGCGUUGCUGAUGUUGGACACUAAAUUCUGUUGCACAUUGUUUUCACUAGGUGAAAUAUGCAGUGCCAUAGCUAUUUUCCUGUAUGUCAUUCACAUUAUGACUUGAAUGUUGAUGCUAAUGGUGGUGCCGCGCCCUUGUAUAAUGGAAAUUCAACCUUUCGGAGUGGGCAUUACAACGAUUAUAUGGGAUCUUCACCACUUCCGCGGCAGCUGGCCUAUGCUUACCGGGAAUCGUUGCGUCAGACCAUGCUCAUGCACGAAGAUACGUUUAGGGAUCAGGUUCAAGAAUUGCAUCGUCUUUAUAGGAAACAGAAGGAACUGAUGGGUGAAAUCAAAAGCAAAAAGCUGUAUGUGGAUCCAUUACUAGAGGUCCAAAGCUCAAAUUCAUCAUCAGCGAAAAUCCCAGCCAUAUUUGGUCAAAAUGUCUAUAGUGCUCCAUUCAUUAAUUCUCACGGUACACCGACAUCCCUUCACUCAAUUAGAGAACUAAAAGAACCUAUCAGCCCUGUUAUUUCACGAAAUUGUGGCACUUCGAAUGAUCUAGAUUUUGCGGAGUCCAAGUGCAAGAAAAUUAGAGGAAAAAUAUUAGAUCUGGAGCUUCCAGCUGAAGUUUAUGCUGACAGUGAUGAAGACGAAUUUUUACACCCCUCUACACCCGCCACUCAACUGUCGAUUAAACACCCUAAAGCUGUGGUUGAGAUUAAUGCAUUGCCGUCUACUGCAAUCAGAUCGUUGAAUCCUGUUUUGCAAGCGGAACUCCCUAAUCCUUGUUCCUUCACAGGAGGCCACUCUAAUCUGGCUGACUUGAAUGAACCAUUGGCAAUGGCCGUGCCAGAAGAUGCACGUGUUAAGCCAUCAAUGACCGCUUCUGCUCUAUCCGAGAAGGUGAAAUCGGAUGUGGGUGCUGCUUCAUCUGACCGGAAGCCGUCAAGUGUGGGGCAGAAUCCCUCUGUAGUUCAAGCACUUCCCUCUCUCAACAGUAAUUUGUCCUCGAGUAUAUGUGCGAGAAUCUCUGGCAGACUAAAGGGGGGUUUUAGUAAUAAGGUCAAUGCUAAUCGAUGGUGUAGCCCGUAUUUGAAGGUAGCAAAGCCCUUAACAAGCAGCUGUUUUGAGUCGAAGCUGAAAGAAUCACAGGUUUACAUGUCGGAUAAUGCUCCUGAUUUGAAUUCGAUUGACUUGAACUCUGUUGAAGUACCAAAUUCUGUUGUGACUGAAGUUGAAGAUUUGAAUAAGGGUAAGAAAUACAGAAUGAUCGAUAUCAACUUGCCAUGUGCUCCCACGGCAGAUGAAGAACCACUUGUUCAAGAUGUAAACUCAGGUCAGCUAGACUUGAAUUUUUGUACGAAUGAAGACGGAUUGGCCCCAAAAUUAGACAUUGAUUUUCAGGCACCCAUUAGCCCAGAAGUUGAGGAGUGUCCGCCACCUAGAGGAGACUCGGAAGAGAAUCAUCCAGAAGAGGGCAAAGAUCCCCUUGUGAAACUUGCAAACAUUGCAGCUGAGGCCAUUGUUUUCAUUUCCUCUCAAUACGCGUCUCGCCCAAGAAGCAUAGAUUUGCAAAAAUGUAAAGCUUCUGAAGGUGGGGAUCUAGAAUGGUUUGCUGGGCUAGUAGAUUCCCAUUCCAUUGAUCUCGAUAAUGAUUCGGAGACGAUUAAAUGCAAGAAUACGUGCAAGAUCGAUGAUUUUGAGGCCAUGACUCUGGAGCUGACUGAAACGAAAGAGGAAGAGUAUUGGUGCAAAGAUAACGUCCAUAUCUCAAACGAGACUUGUUCAAUCUUGUUGCCAUGCCAAACAAGACGAGGAAGAACAAGGCGAUCAAAGACAAAGCGGAAGGAUUUUCAAAGAGAAGUUCUACCUUCGCUUGUUUCCCUCUCAAGAUACGAGGUAACCGAGGAUAUUUUGAUGAUAGAAGGGCUAAUGGAAGCUGCAGGGAAUCCAUGGCAACCAAGUAGGACUAGGAGAACCUGUAGAAUGGGAAGAAAACAUCGGGUUGCCAAGCAGCCGACUUUUGUCGAUGAAGUGCCAGAUUUGUCGGAGUUGAUGAGUCUUGUCAGUUGGGGUAAGGUUAACAGGCGAUCUAGAGGGCGAAGAAGCCAUGCUAGUCCUAUGGCUCUAUUAAAAUGGCUCGAGUAUGGUUGUUGAGAUAUUUUUUACACCAAAAUAUGCGAUUUUGUCAACGAAAUCGUCUAUUGGUAUGCUUGUUGAAUGACUGUUAACUUAGGAAGAUCAUGUAGGGAAGGGAAGAAUGUAUAGAGCUUGGUAUGAUGUCUUUUGUCACCAUCUGAUGCUGACUAUCUGAUUAAUCCUAAUAUGAUUUUGUGAAAACUGGUGAAGAUAGGAUGUUUUGUGUAUAGUUUGGAUUUGGAUGAAUAGAUCAAAUUUUGUAUAUCCAAAACUGUAAUUUCAAUGCUGGAAAAGAUUACAUUUUACAAGUAUUCCCUCUCUACAAUGAAAUUGUCACAAAAUUAUGUA